CACCACAAUAGCCCCUGCACCAGUAGCACCAACCAACACCACUAUUGCCCCUGCACCACUAGAAUCAACCAACACCACAAUAGCCCCUGCACCACUAGCACCAACCAACACUCCUCUCGGCCCUGCACCACUAGCACCAGCCGACAGCACAACAGCCCCUGCCCCACUAGCACCACCAACCAACACCACAAUAGCCCCUGCACCACCAGCACCAACCAACACCACAAGAGCCCCUGCACCACCAGCACCAACCAACAGCACAAUCGCACCUGCCCCACUAGCACCACCAACCAACGGCACUAUUGCCCCUGCACCACUAGAAUCAACCAACACCACAAUAGCCCCUGCACCACUAGCACCAACCAACACUCCUCUCGGCCCUGCACCACUAGCACCAGCCGACAGCACAACAGCCCCUGCCCCACUAGCACCACCAACCAACACCACAAUAGCCCCUGCACCACCAGCACCAACCAACACCACAAGAGCCCCUGCACCACCAGCACCACCAGCACCAUCCAACACCACAAUAGCCCCUGCGCCACCAGCACCACCAGUACCACCAGCACCACCAGCACCAUCCAACACCACAACAGCCCCUGCCCCACUAGCACCACCAACCAACACCACAAUAGCCCCUGCACCACCAGCACCAACCAACACCACAAGAGCCCCUGCACCACCAGCGCCAACCAACAGCACAAUCGCACCUGCCCCACUAGCACCACCAACCAACGCCACAAUAGCCCCAGCACCACUAGCACCAACCGACACUCCUAUCGCCCCUGCCCCACUAGCACCAGCAAACACCACUAUCGCCCCUGCGCCACUAGAAUCAACCAACACCACAAGAGCCCCUGCUCCACUAGCACCAAGCGACACCAUAAUAGCCCCUGAGCUUUCAAGAACCACCACCAUAGGACCCAUCGUACUGCCAACCACCAACCUCACAAUAGAUGCUGAAGCAACGACAAUCAACCCCGAGUUGCUCGAAUUGCCAUUACAAUUUCCCGACAACGAAGCAAUCGAAAUAGCGCAGCAGGCCGAGAUUGAGGCACUGAAGAAGCACGUAGAUGGAUUGUGGAGCUCAGAAGAGGCAGCCAGCGGAGGCGUGCGGCGACGGCGCCGGCAGGUUUCAGAACACAACACUUAUUACGGACUCUUCCAGCUGUCGGACAAGGAUUUCUGCUUCUCAGGUGAUCCUUGGACAAACAACUACUGUAUUACAUCCUGCAGAGCGUUCAUCGAUGACGACAUCACCGA